AUGACACAGAGGAUACUAAAACGAGUUGAAAAUCUUAAGGAGCGUCUUUUAGAAGCCAAGCAAAAUAACAGCAGGUUAGAAGAAGGACGUGCCUAUUGCAAUCUAGGCAAUGCUUAUUACUCUCUCGGCGACUUCCAACGAGCAAUAGAGUACCACGAGAAAGACCUUAGCAUUGCCAAGGACGUCGGCGACAGGGCCAGAGAAGGAAAGGCCUAUGGAAAUCUCGGCAAUGCUUAUUACUCUCUCGGCGACUUCCAACGAGCAAUAGAGUACCACGAGAAAGACCUUAGCAUUGCCAAGGACGUCGGCGACAGGGCCGGAGAAGGAGGUGCCUAUUGCAAUCUCGGCAAUGCUUAUCGCUCUCUCGGCGACUUCCAACGAGCAAUAGAGUACCACGAGAAAGACCUUAGCAUUGCCAAGGACGUCGGCGACAGGGCCGGAGAAGGAAAGGCCUAUGGAAAUCUCGGCAAUGCUUAUGACUCUCUCGGCGAUUUCCAACGAGCAAUAGAGUACCACGAGAAAGACCUUAGCAUUGCGAAGGACGUCGGCGACAGGGCCGGAGAAGGACGUGCCUAUGGAAAUCUCGGCAAUGCUUAUUACUCUCUCGGCGACUUCCAACGAGCAAUAGAGUACCACAAG